AUGGUGGAUGCAGAGAUUGAUCUUUGUGCGAUGUUGACUUCAAUCAACUCUACCUUACUUACCCUUAUCAAUGACUACAAACUGAAAGGACCCAACUAUGUUGAUUGGCAUAGGAGUAUUAUGUUACUCCUAACGGCAGAACAUCUGUCUGGAGUUCUUAAGGAGGAUGCUCCCGAAAAACCCACCGGUGAUGAUUAUGAUCAACAAGAGGCUUAUGAGUAUUUCCACUCGAGUGACUCUAAGUCCAUGCUGUAUAUUUUGAGAUCGAUUGACAAAUCAAUCAUUGACUCUAUGAGAAGCGUAAUAUCUGCCAAGAGUAUGAUGGAUAAGCUCAAGAAGCUUUUCAAUCAGACUGAUGUGCACGAGCACCAUGAGCUCGUUGGUCUUAUCCAUAAUACCAAGAUGACAACAAAGAUUUCAGUCAUCGAUCACGUGAUGAAAAUGUGA